UUUAAUUCAGUAGCUCUUCAAUUAUACUUCCAAUUGCAGGCAUUGGACAGGCGCACAGCCCCUGGGCAGGCCUAUGAUAGCAGCACAUGCUAGCCACUCCUUCGGAAGGCAAGGUGCUUAUGUGCUGCUGAGCUUAGCUACUCUUGCACCACCCUGGCAAUAGGCCAUUCUCUGUCCCUCCUCCCCACGUUUUUCUUGUAAUCACAGGCCGCAUACUGCUUCUUGUUUUAGUACAGUCCUAUGCCUACACCCUUAUCGGUGUCGUAGUGCCGCCCUAUCUAGCGUCACUUGUCACCAAAAAGGCAGCUUCCAAAAAUUUCUCUUCUGCCCUGCCUCCCUGGUUAUCGGAACGCCCAGUACUGGUGUGGUUGUCACAGCCGGGAGCAGCAUGGCGGCGGUGGAAAGCAGAAUAUGCGAGACUGAGGACUGCGCCAGCGAGGCCAAGCUGCAGUGCCCGACCUGCAUCAAACUGGGCAUUCAAGGCUCCUACUUCUGCUCGCAGGAGUGUUUCAAGGGAAGCUGGGCAACGCACAAACUGCUUCACAAGAAAGCAAAAGAUGAUAAAGUUAAACGUGAAGUCUCACCAUGGUCUAUGGAAGGCGAUAUUAAUACAGAUCCUUGGCCUGGUUAUCGGUAUACGGGCAAACUAAGACCACAUUAUCCACUGAUGCCAAUGCGACCUGUACCAAGCUACAUCCAGAGACCAGAUUAUGCAGAUCAUCCCUUAGGAAUAUCGGAAUCUGAACAGACACUAAAAGGAACCUCACAAAUAAAAGUCCUUUCUCCUGAAGAUAUAGAAGGGAUGCGUGUUGUGUGUAGACUUGCUAGAGAGGUUUUGGGAGUGGCUGCCUUGAUGGUUAGACCUGGUGUAACUACUGAAGAGAUUGAUCAUGCUGUUCACUUGGCAUGUAUUUCAAGAAAUUGCUACCCAUCCCCUUUGAAUUAUUAUAACUUUCCUAAAUCCUGCUGCACAUCUGUUAAUGAGGUAAUUUGCCAUGGGAUACCAGAUCGACGGCCUUUGCAAGACGGAGAUAUUGUGAAUGUUGAUAUUACUGUAUACCGCAAUGGGUACCAUGGAGAUCUUAAUGAGACUUUUUAUAUUGGCGAAGUUGAUGAGGGGGCGAAACGGCUUGUUCAGACAACUUAUGAGUGUCUUAUGCAAGCAAUUGACGAAGUGAAACCUGGUGUUCGUUACAGAGAGCUAGGCAACAUUAUCCAGAAACAUGCUCAAGCAAAUGGUUUCUCUGUUGUACGGAGCUACUGCGGGCAUGGGAUCCACAAGCUUUUUCAUACUGCCCCCAAUGUGCCACAUUAUGCCAAGAACAAGGCAGUUGGUGUGAUUAAGCCUGGACAUGUGUUUACAAUUGAACCAAUGAUCUGUGAAGGAGGAUGGCAAGAUGAGACUUGGCCAGAUGGCUGGACGGCAGUGACAAGAGAUGGAAAACGUUCAGCACAGUUUGAGCACACCCUUUUAGUCACAGAGACCGGAUGUGAGAUCCUUACACGAAGACUGGAAGACAAUGGACGCCCUCAUUAUAUGUUUUAGUUUCCUCCGUGGACUUAGCUAGCAGAUCUGAAUGGUGUGUUUCUCCAGCUUUGCCCCAUGCAUUUUUACGGGAAAGAUAACUGAAAGAACAGUGGGAUUUUAUGACAUAUCAUAAAUGUAUAUUCGUCUGAUGAUAAAGUAAAAUUAGUUACAUGUUGAAGAACUUUUUUAAGUUUUCAAACAAAAAGGAAGCAAGUGUUUAAAAGUGUUCCUUUUCUCCUUUUUUAAAUGCGAUUUGCUGCUCGUUCACUUUUUGUCACAUUUAAAUUUUAGUUUUUACUUCAUUUUUUCCCCUCCCAUGAUGUCCUCUAAAUGUUUUUCCAUUACAUGCCUUCUCUCUUUUUAAGACAGUAAACACAAGUUGCCUCCAUAUCACUUUUGUUACAAAACAUGUUAGCUAUAUACAAUUCUGAUUAUAUUGGAUUGCACUGGUAUGUCUUACCUAUGCAUUUAUGUCUUGAGUUCCAGACUGUAUUAAUGGGUGCCUAUUUGCUGCGUGAAAUGUGAUUGCAAAUGAGUAGUUUUCUGUGUUUUUACAUAGAUAUCAUUUUUUCGAUGUGCUAGAAGCACCUUAAGAUACAUAAUAGUAAGAUUUUAUCUAUUGAGCUUAAGUGCCAUCGAGCUGCAAUGGAGUAGGUUAAAUUAUUUUUGGCAUUCAAGUCAUUAAAAGCAAAUCAUGUAUGUCAGUCUCUGGCAUUGACCAUUUCCAUGAAUAUUGCUGAUUUUAUUAUAUGUUUAUCUUGGUGCCUUUGAUUUUAAAAUCAUGAAAAAUUAUGUUGACCCAUCUAGUAUGACAACAAUAAUUUAAUAUUCCCGUUGCACUUGUUUUGUUCAUUUCUAUCUCAUUCUGUUGAGCUAAAGGCAUAAAUGCUAAAGUUGCUUGUACUGUAAAUGUUUUCCAAUGCCUAUAUACUAAAAUGCAUAUUAUUGAAUAAGAUGCAUUGUACUACACUUUAUUCCCCUUAUCCAGUGUAAUUCCUUCUGUGUAUCUGUACUGCUCUUAAAAACACAAACUAGCACAGGAGGUUAAUUGUGAAGAUGUCUCUUGUAAUAUGUACAUUUUGAGACAUUCUGUCUCUUUGUUUGGGGAAUGUGUGAACAGAUUGUUCAGCUAAAAGUAAAUAAGUAUUUCACUUUUGUUCACUUUAUUUUUUGUUUACAUUCUAAGAUGGCAUCAUGGGUGCCAGAAAUCACUGGACUUACAAGGAGCAUAAUUCUUCUGGAGUGCCUCAGACUUAACUUGCUGUAAAGUUGUAAUGACCCAUAAAAUGCCAUAAAUGAGUUAUUUUGAUUCAUUAAAAUUACCUGAAAGAAGACAUCAAGAAGUUUGUCAUAAAAUGGUUUUAAUUUGCGUUGUGUGGUUGAGCAAAGAUUGCUAUGCUGUUCAUCUAACCAAAUAAUAUAUUUUAUUAAAGACUAUCUGAUUUGGUAAAUUGA